AUGUAUAUAAAAAAAUUAAAAGACUUAAUUUCAACAACUUUUGAUGAUUAUCGAAAUGAGAGAUAUAGUGUUUAGCAUAACUAAUUGAUACUUUAAAAAAUAUGGCCAACCUUUAUAAUUCUGGUGAAAUUUUAUGCUAUUAUUGGACUUAUAUACAUAAUUAUUUACAAUUCCUUAUAUUUCUAGAGUUUUAAUAAGUCUUAUACUACUUUUUAUUUAUAUAUUUAACUUGUAGCAAUUGUUUUGUAUGUAGCUAUUGUUGAAAGAAUUACUAACUGUUUAAGAGAGUCUUAUAAAUUAACACUUAUCAUUUUUACAUUCAUUCUUAUUGAAACCUCAUUUCAAAUAUUUUUGAUUGAAGUUUAUUUAUCUAAUGAUACAGAGAAUAAAAUAUUAACUAUUUGUUAGUUGUUUAUUAAUUUAUUACUUGUUCUAGGAAUAGUCAGAACAAUAAAAUUAAGAAUUAUGUUAUUACUCAAAUUUUAUUUGUAUUUUUUAGCUAGAGGGAUUAUUUUUCAUUUUAAGACUUUACAAUCAAUAAAUAUCAUAUUUUUUAUAAUUUUGAUUUUGUACUUUUGGGAUUAACAAUUAAUAAAUUUGAGCAAAGUUUCAUAAUUUACUGAUCAAACUUUAAAAAGCAUUCCAAGUGCAGUUUGUGUAUUAGAUUAAAAUUGCAAAGAUGUUCUAUUUACUAAUAAUUUUACUAGAAAAUUAAUAAAUUAAUUGAAUUAUGGAGGUCUUUCAGGAACUAAAUCUAUUAAUUUAUUAUAAAAUUAAGGAUUUCCUUCAUAAGAAUCAAUUUUAAGUUCAUCAUCUAAUGAAAUAAUAUCAUUUUUUGAAAAUUUAACAUUACCUUAAUCUGAAGUUAAAGAAUAAUUGAAUUCUGAUAUUUUACAUAGACUUGAUUCUAAAUUUGAAUGUACUGAUCAUAAUUAAAUUAAUUUAAAUCAAGCUCUAAAUUUGAUUAAGAAUUAAGAAAAUGAAACUUAAGGAUUUAUAUAUACAUUAAGAUGUUCAUAUAAUAAUUAGACAUCAGAAGAUGAAUACCCAAUAAUAGUUGAGACUAGAAUUAAAACUAAAUUGUAAUAUGGUUUAAAUAAAAAUGCUAUUCUUUUAAAUCUCUAUGAUGUAUCUCCUAAUUUUAAAUCUUCUUAUUAUAAGAAACUCAAUUAAUUUAAAAGUUAAGUUAUUCGUUCCAUCUCUCAUGAAUUAAGAACAAGAUUAAAUGUAAUUUAAGGUUUCUUGUAAGUAAUUUAAUGUAACAGCAUUAAUUAUGAUAAAGGAACUAAUAAACUUUUAAGAGCUGCAUUUAAUAAUUGUAGAAUUUAGAAUUUGAUAAUCAGUUCAAUCAUAAAUUAUAAUUUAAUAAGAGAGAAGAAAUUAGUCACAAAAACAGAGAAAUGCAAAUUGAUAUCAAUAAUAUAAGAAGCCAUAGAUCUAUUUUAGGAAGAAGCUGAAAUGAAAAACAUUAAAAUAACAUUUUAAAAACUAGUAAAUUAAGCAUAGAAUGAAAUGCUAGAUUAUGAAAAAUUUCAAAGUAUUUUGAUUCAUAUAAUUUCAAAUAGUAUAAAAUUUAAUAACAAAGGUGGAUAAAUUAUCAUAACUAUUACAAAAGAGAAUUAAGAUAAAGAUAAGAUAAUAUAGAAUAAAGAGAAUGAUAAAAAAAUUCUAUAACCUUCAUAGGGUUCUUAAUUAUAUAGAAGUUCUUAAGAUUUAAAUGAUAGCUCCUUUCAUUUUCCUUAAAGGAAAAAUACAAUAUUUAAAUAAUAAUUGAUAAAUCCUUCUAGUUCAUUUUCCAAUGCCCCACCUUAACAUACAAAUACUCAUUUAUAUGAAUAUUAUACAAUAGAAAUUAGAGACAGUGGAAUGGGAAUUAAUCAAUAGAAAUUAGAAGCCAUUAAGAAUUUACUCAAAAAUGAGGAGAAAGCAUUCUAAGAUUUAGAUAGAGAUUCAGCUUCAGGAAUGAUGUUAGGAUUGAGAGCAUCAAAUGCCUUAAUUAAAUAUCUUAGUGGAAAAGAAGAAGAUAAUUAUAUAACAAUAGAUUCUAUAUUGGAUUAAGGAACAACAGUUAGUAUUCAUGUUAAAUGCAGAAUAACAUAAUUAACAGAAGGAUUUAUGCCUAGUGAUUUAUAUAAUAAAGAGAGUUCUUAAAUUGAAUUAGAAGGAAAGAUACCAGAUAUUGAAAGCCAAACAUUUAAAUUUAAUAUUUGGACAGAUCCAGAAAUUAGCAGUAGAACUAAUAUGAUCAAUAAAACAAAAAGAUCUUCAUAAAUUAAUGUGAAUAAAAAAGGGAGUUUACAAAUGUUCUCUAAUUACAAUAAUUCAAGUUUUUAUAAAAAUUUAGAAGGGAGUUUAUAUAAAAGUUAGGGUUGUGGAUGUGAAUAAAAAAUAGUAAUAGUUGAUGAUGAACCCUAUAAUUUAUUAGUUUUAGAAUCUUUGCUUAAAUAAUUAGGAUAUUAAUCAAUUAAAGCUGAUAAUGGUUAAUAAUGUGUUCAUCUAAUUGAAAACAGUAUUUCUCUUUUUGAUGAACAUAAAUGUCGAGGCUUUAAAGCUAUUAUUAUGGAUUAUCAAAUGCCAAUUAUGAAUGGAGAAGAAGCAACUAAAUAAUUAUAGUUUUUAUUUAAAGAUUAAUAAAGAAUCCAAAUUCCUGUUUUUGGACUAACAGGAUUUUCUGGAGAAGAUGACCUAAUUAAUUUAUCUUAGGCUGGAAUGAAAGGAGUUUAUAUCAAACCUAUAACUUUAAAGACUUUGGAAGAAAUGAUAAAUAAUUUAAGUUUAAUUGAAUGUAGAGAUACACCAUGUAUGUCUUCGAGGCAAUUUUAAUGUUUCGAAUUAGAUUAUGCCGAUGACUUAGAAUAAUUAGCACAUUAAUGA